GCUAUUUUUAAAUUGUAGUUUUAUUUUUAAAAAAUAGUCUUUUUUUAAUCAGAGGAUCAGAUGCAUGACUUUUUUUUUAAUGGAUGCAGAUCUUCUAUCAGGUGUCUCACAAUAAAUGCAAGAGGAUUUUAGUUUGCCAGAAAUGUUGCAAAUGCACUAAUUUGAGUAAGAUGUUGAUACUUAAUAUAUCCUCUUGAGACAUAAUUUUGCAUGCAAAAUUAUCCCAUAAUCUUUGUAGGUUUGUUAAUAUUGAUGCAUUAAUGCCCUAUAUCUAAAUGAUCUUCUCCCCCUUCCCCUCCAUAACUCUUGGUAUCUAAAUUGAUGACAGCUCUGACACAAGCAAGAUAACAGUGCUGUGUAGUAUACAUUUGUUUAUAUUAUCGGCACUUCUCAGUAUAGGUGGAAGGAACCAUUACCUUUAUUUAACAGUGGUUUUUCUUUUUUGUUGUUGUGUUUUACAGUUCUUUUCCCUGGUUCAGCCUGAACUAUAUACCAGGCCCUGCUGAAAAUACCACCCAACAGUUUUCUUCUGCAGCUUAUCCAGUUUCUCUUAAGUGCCCUGUACAUAUUGUAUGUUUUAUGAUGAGAUGCAGUUUCUUAAUAUGUAUUACAGAAAUACUACUGGUAUUUGCAAAUAUGUAGUUUAAUUGUAUUAUUGAACUCUCAUUUUGGGGGCUUGGGCACAUUAACAGAUUAAUCCAUCUGUAUAGGGCUUUUGCUGUUGGAUAGAAUUUAAAUUGUCUACAUAAAUAUUUGUCUUAGGACCCUUAGAUUGUAUCUGAAUACACAGAUUAGGCUUCAAAAACAGACAUACAUGUAAUUUUUGGCUUAAGGAGUUUGGCUAAGUUAGCUUUUGAACUGACACUAUAUAGCAACAUUUUUUGGUAUGGUUAGCAUGGCACAUAUUGGAACAUAAAGCAUUUUACUGUACAGGUAAGGAAUGUGCCAUGUUGUUUUACCUAUUCUCUCUCUUUCUCACUCACUCACUCCCACACACACAUCUUGUGUGUAUUCAGAGACCUUCAGAAACAUUCAUAUUCAUUUCCAUGAGUCAGCAAAAGCCCUACGCUUGAUUCCAACAGAAUAUUUCCUUUACAUACUUUUCUUCUCUUAAUUUUUACAAAAUUUGUAUGGUAGGUGUAAAAGAAAAUCAUAGUAACUGUACCAUAUUAUUAACCCCUAAAUCAAACUUUUUUUGUCUUGUGUAUCUUGAUUUUUCUGUGUGCUUUAUAGUGAAGCAGCCGACACGAGUCGUUGUUCAUAAAACAGCUUUUGAAAGUUGAGAGCACACCCCUGGAGAACCGACUGUGCUUGCUUACGUUUGGUUCAUGACUUAAAAAUCGAGUACAGGUGAUGAAAUCUUGGCAGUGUUAACAAAAAAGUAGUGUGUAUUGUGCUAUUUUUUUUUUACUCUAGAAACUUAACCAUUUGUAGAGAAAAAGGAAACAAAUUUUCACACAUUGAAGUUUCAUUCUGACAUAAAAUUAAUGAUAAAUAAUCAUAGAAAUCAAGCUUUAUAUUUUAGCGAUCAUAAGUACUUUCAACAAACUCAGGUGGUGUAUCAGGGAGACAUUUUCUGGGUGUUUUUGUGUGUUUUCUGUCUUACAAAGGAAUGUAUUCUAAUGCAAGGAUGUUUCUCUGCAGGAGUUAUUCCUGAUGAGACUAAGGCUUUGUCUCUGUUGGCACCAGCUAAUGCAGUGGCAGGUCUUCUGCCUGGUGGUGGACUCCUGCCUACUCCUAACCCACUUACUCAGAUUGGCGCUGUUCCAUUGGCUGCUUUGGGGGCUCCUACUCUUGAUCCUGCCCUUGCUGCACUUGGGCUUCCAGGAGCAAACUUGAACUCUCAGUCUCUUGCCGCAGAUCAGUUGCUGAAGCUUAUGAGUACUGUUGAUCCCAAGUUGAAUCAUGUAGCUGCUGGUCUUGUUUCACCAAGUCUGAAAUCAGAUACCUCUAGUAAAGAAAUAGAGGAAGCUAUGAAAAGAGUACGAGAAGCACAGUCCCUAAUUUCUGCUGCUAUAGAACCAGAUAAGAAAGAAGAAAAAAGAAGGCAUUCAAGAUCAAGAUCACGUUCUAGGAGGAGGAGGACUCCCUCGUCUUCUAGACACAGGCGGUCAAGAAGCAGAUCGAGGAGGCGAUCACAUUCUAAGUCAAGGAGUAGACGACGAUCCAAAAGUCCAAGACGGAGAAGAUCUCAUUCCAGAGAGAGAGGUAGAAGGUCAAGGAGCACAUCAAAAACCAGAGACAAAAAGAAAGAAGACAAAGAAAAGAAACGUUCUAAAACACCACCAAAAAGUUAUAGCACAGCCAGACGUUCUAGAAGUGCAAGCAGAGAGAGACGGCGACGAAGAAGCAGGAGUGGAACAAGAUCUCCUAAAAAGCCUCGGUCUCCUAAAAGAAAAUUGUCUCGCUCACCAUCCCCUAGGAGACAUAAAAAGGAGAAGAAGAAAGAUAAAGACAAAGAAAGAAGUAGAGAUGAAAGAGAACGAUCAACAAGCAAGAAGAAGAGGAGUAAAGAUAAGGAAAAGGACCGGGAAAGAAAAUCAGAGAGUGAUAAAGAUGUAAAACAGGUUACACGGGAUUACGACGAAGAGGAACAGGGGUAUGACAGUGAGAAAGAGAAGAAAGAAGAGAAGAAACCAAUAGAAGCAGGUUCCCCUAAAAUAAAGGAAUGUUCUGUAGAAAAGGGAACUGGUGAUUCACUAAGAGAAUCCAAAGUGAAUGGGGAUGAUCAUCAUGAAGAAGACAUGGAUAUGAGUGACUGAAUAUUGCCUCUGUGGGAAUCCAGCUGUGUUACACAUGCAUCAGUGUCAUUCCUUUGUGUGAUUUAUUAAUGCUGUAUUUGUUCAUCUCAAACUUAGAUGUAUACAGCUCUGAGUUAUAAAUGGUUAUAAAGCUCCUGAUAUUGACAUUAGUUAUUUACAUCAAAAAGCUUUUAGGAAAUGGUACAGGGGUAACCAGUUCUUGUCACAGUGAAAUCUGAUUGAGUAACCAAGCAGUUUUACUAUUCUGGUACUGCUUCUUAACAAAAAUGAAAAGCUGCAUGCAUCUACAGCAGGCAUGGAUUGUUUAUGUUGUAUGAUCUCCUUUAUUAAGUAAGUUCACUUAUAGUAUUUCUAGAAUCUGAUUCAUUGCCGUAAUAGAGCCACGUAGGGAAUGCACUGAUUGCAUGUUAUUGUGGCAAGAAUAUCCUAAAUGUCAUUAAAAUCCUCCAACAUGAUGGAUCUACUUAUGGUCUUGUUUGUUGACAUGACAAAUUAACAUUCUUAUAUUUACAUCUGGAAAUGAGCAUUUGAAACAGAUAAUCCUUUAAGCCUUGUGGCUAAAUUUUUGUGGCUUUUGUUUAACUUUGAAAGGUUAUAUAUGCACUAACCUUUUUUGAUCUAAUUAGGCUUUAAUUACAGAAACAAGAUUUCAAAUAAAACUGUCUUUGGCAGUGAGUAAAUAGCAUAUUUUGAAGUAGAGUUGUAUACUUUUUCAUAAGGUGUUUGGGAAUUUUUUUUCCUGAAAUAAUAAUUUAUUCCACAUUUACAUCAGUGAAAGCUACCUGCCUAUCCUGAGUCCAUCUGUUAAAAAAAAAAGGUUAUUUCUUGUCCUGAUUUUCAAUUUUCCUUCCUUUCAUUAAUUUGUUUUAAGCUCAGUGUUGGAAAAAGGGGGUAGUGCAUUUUAAAUUGACCUUCAUAUGCUUUUAAAAUAAGACAAAUCUACUUGAUAAUGUACCUUUUAUUUGAUCUCAAAUUGUAUAAAACCAAUAAAUUUGUGUUACUAUUACUGCAGUAGUAAUCUUAUGCCACACAGUGAUUUCAUGUUAUAUGCAAAGUAGUUAGGCAACUGUUUUCUUAGUUACAGAGUUUCAGGCUUCACUUUUGUUAAGUAAAAACAAAAGUAGGCUACAGUCUGUGCCAUGUUGAUGUACAGUUUCUGAAAUUGUUUUACAAGACUUUGAUAAUAAAACCCUUAAACUUA